CGGGAUUGCGAGUCGGUACUCUAAUUAUGUCUUUUGCCUGCAGAGAAGGCUCGAACAGCUUUGACAAGCGACUCAGCGACUCAAUCUUGUGGAUCCGCAUUUGACGAUUCGUGAUGGCUGACAUGUCGGAGGCUCUGGCAGAGUUGGAGAGGAAGGAGGCUGAAGCAGGUGACACUCCCAUGGAGUCGGUGGGAGACCAGGAGAAGCAGGACACCAGCAUCGAGGCAUUCCCAACGCCCGACGCUGAGAAGAGAUCCACCUCCUCAGGUGAAGAUGACGAAGAUCUGGAUGCCGAUCAGCAGGAGUCCAUGGGCGAAGACGACAGGAGUCCAGAGGACACCUUGGCGGCCGAACCAGAUGCCCUUCCGGCCCACCAGUCUGAUGAUCUCGACGAGGAGCUGGUGAUGAAGACCAAGGAGCAGGAGGACCUUAACCAGCUGCUCACGACCUUGUCCGAAUCGCACACCCAGUUGAUUAACCUCAUCCAGAAGAUAGCAAAGGCCACCGACGAUGAAGAUCUUCAGGCGCUUUGCGAGUUGCUCCCCUUGUUGGACGACCUGAUGAAGUUGUACCCCUCCGAGUGCCCAGAGGCUGAGAAGGAGCUCAAGGCUUUGGCGUCGGCCAACCGCGAGCGCCUGGAGCUCGUGCGCCGGACGCAUGGCACCACGAGCGCGGAGCUCCAAGCGCUCUUGGAGGCCGCGAAGAAGGUGGACGGAGCCAAGGUGGCGACCGACACGCUCGACGCGCGCCUGGUGGCCGGCGAGAGCAUGAAAAGAGAGACUGACUCUAUCAAGAAAACCUCAGAAGCUGUGGACACAGACGAGUGGUCCAAGAUGUCCGAGGAGAAACAGAAUGAGGCCAUCGAAGAUGAACAAUCGAAGCGCAUCCGGCAGCGAGCAGUGGUGAUGAAGGAGGUCGUGCCAAAGUGCCUGGAGGACAGCUCUUGGCCCAAGCCACUGAAGCUGAAGGAGAUCUAUGACCAGAAAAAGCAGGCCACGGUGGUCGAGCAAUGCGGCAAGAAAGCCGUCAAGGAUCAAGAGCGCUCCGAGGCCGUGAUGAAGGAGCUGCGCGAACACCAGGAGACUCUGGGCACCGACUGGCAGACGUGCAAGGAGCUUUGCAAGUCAGAGCAGAAGGCUGUGAACGAGAGCAUGGAGAAGGUCACCCAGACCCGCCAGGCCCACGAAGCGGCCUUGAAGGAGUACCUCGAAAACACCAUCCGCCACGAAGCCGCCGUCAUCGUUGAGGGAAAAAUUGCGGACAAGGUGGCGGCGGUGGAGGACGAGAUCGAGCAGGCCGAAAAGGCGCAAAAGGAGGCCAAGGAAGCAGCAGAGGCCUGUCACUCGGAGGCGCAGGAAUCCUUCGAGGAGAUCCACUCGAAGGUGAAGGAGACGGCCUUGAAGCUCAAGGAGAAGGCCUUCCAGCCAGCCUUCAUCAGUGUGGUGAACACCGAGUUCAUUUGCCAAGUCACGCAGAAGUUGUGUGAGGAGAAGCGCAACCAGCUUGCACUCACGAAGAAGGAGCUGAAGAAGGUUGAGAGUGCCAAGGCAGAGAAGGCCGAGAAGGAGCAGAGCUGCAAAGGCACGAACAAGAGCAAACUGGUGGCUGACCGGCUCCGGCUCCAGCAGAAGGCGAACAAGCUAAAAGAGGCGGAAGAGGAGAUCAAACGGCAGCAGAACGAGGCAGAAGACCUGUACCGCCAGGCUGACGAGCAACGGGAGGAGCUGAAGUGUCUCGCCGAGCUGGGCUACGAGAUCGACUCGGGCAAGGCCAAGGAGACAGCAGAGGCCGAGGCCGAGGACGCCUUUGGCGAGGCGAUUUUCAGGGACGAGGAGGGUGAUGACGGUGACGACCUCGAUGAGGAGGACUAUGGCCAAAACCACGCCCUGGCGCUGCAACAUGCUGACGUGUUGCAGAAACUCCAGCAAUCGCUGGAAAAGAAGGAUCAGGAGCUUGCCAAGGAGAAGGAGUACCGGAAACAUGCUGCGCAGCAAACCCAAGAGGCUCGGGAGCAGAUGAAGAGGAUGGAAUGCCGAGUGCAGGAGCUGGAAGCUGCUCUUAUUGUGCGCGACUCCUCCUCCGCUGAGCGCACCACGAAGAGCAGCGGUGGACCGUGCCCUGUGGGCUGGACCGAAGUGACCCAAAUCGCCCGCGGAGAGCGCUCUGCCCACUCGGGCGUCGCCGAGUAGGCGCUUGAGCUUGUGAGAACGCUCCCUAUGGCGCCUUUGCCCCGGCACCAAUACAAGCCGACUGCACAGGCAGGAUCAGCAGUGCAAUCCUGAGUCGAACUGGCGCGCAUGUCGUCACGCGGUGUGCGCGCAGAAAUUCAGAGCUGAAGAGUGCAAUUUUGUGGGGAAGGCGCUAAAGCUUGCGUCCGUACCACGUCAGGGUUGGGGCACACCCAUCUCCAG